AUGGGAAGCUCUUCUUCUUCUUCUUCUUCGACUAGACAACCAAGAAAACCUGACGGUCUUGGAAGCCUUCGUCAAUUUCAUGACUGGCGUGUCACGGACAAGCGCACGUACUACAACGAUCUGAACUCGGGAGGGGCAUGGACUGGGUACGUGUUCGGAGCCAUCUUCACGCUCGGCAUCAGCACGGCAUGCGUUUCCCAGCCACACCACUGGUUUUACGUCUUCGAGAUUGAAAGACGUGUGGCCCAGCACGGACAACAGCGCUUGGAGACGAAAUACGUUGCCGUCGGGUUCAACGUCGGCGACAACAUCGAGGUGUUCAUUCGCAACUCCAAACAAGAGGCAAUCAAGAAUGGCAUCAGCACUAUGGAUGGGAGGCCCGCAUCGGCAUAUCAGUUCAACCACGCGACCAUGAACUGUACAGUGAAGCACCUGCACGACGUGCUGUACACGAAACGGAACAAGACCUACGGUCCUUUCAAAUACAAUUGCCAACACUUUGUCCGGGAGGUCGAUCAGCUGCUUCAGAGAGUGAUCGGCAAAGGCUCUUCAUCAAAGGCACCGAAGCCUGCUGCACAGCGCCCACCCCCUCACGUUCAUGCAGACGCCGCAAAACCCCAUCCUUUCCAGCGAUACCUCGAGAAAGCUGGCGUGCCUGGAAAGGUUUCCGACUACUACAACAUCUGCAUCAUUGGCGCGCAAAACAGCGGCAAAACCACCUUGAGGUACGGUCUAACGACUGCCUUUCACCUGAUUGAGUCGGGAGGAUGGGCUCUUCCAUCGCACGCGGCGCAGAAACAGGGCAGCACAGUCGGAACGUCAGACCAAGAGCGUGCGGCUCAGCUCUUUGAUCCAUUGCUGAAGGAAUGGAAAGCCCACAUCAAGAAGGCAAAGCGCGAAGGGGGGCGUGACGCCGUUACAAAUGACGAUGACAGACGUGACCCCACCCCAUACAAGGUCUCCGACACUGUCAUUGUCUGGGACACCAGAGGCUGGGACUGCAUUGCAAGCUCGGCAGAGAAGGUCAUUCGAGACUAUGGGCUUCGCUCCAUGUCAUCAGUGGUUGUGCUGACCCUCAACCAGAACAAGGCCACACGAGAACUUGUGCACUCUCUCAAGGCGGCGUCUGUGCACUUCUUGCUGGCCUUGACCAAGAUUGACAACGCGCUGAAGGACGACCAGCUUGACGAUGACGACGUUGUGCUGACACGGCAAGAGCUGAACGAGGAAGUUUCGGCCAUGUUGGAGAAGGCCAAUCGCAGCAUAUUUGAGCUUCAGCUUCAAGACGGAGAGCAGCUCAGCGACAAGCUGAUGGCGGUCAACCUCAAAGGCACCAUGACAUGCGUGCCAGAAAAAGUCACAAGCGCCAACGUGGGUUCCCUUGCCUUUGGCACCCCUCGACUCCUCAUUGGGAUCCUGAAGCAACUGUUUGAAACGCACCCACGGGAAGCCUCGAAAGCAGUGGUUUCAAACCUCACAUCAGCCAUGCGAGCCCUGCAUUUCCCAACGGAUGCUGGUGAGCUCCUUGGCAGCGCCUUCUCAAGCACCCUGUACAGCCAAUGCGUGAAGGUGUACCCACCGGAAGGGCCAAAACCAGAGCUGUCAUCGCUGCAGCGUAAGCUCGUGCGCAAGCUCGGCGACAACGCAUACCCUUUCUCCUUCAAGCUUCCUUCGGGGUCACCUUCCUCCAUCUCCCUCGAAAACGUCUCCGAAGACGUCCAGCACAAGUCGUGCUCUGUUGAUUGGGAGCUGGUUGUGUUUGCUGCCCACGAGGCCGAAGUCAAGGACGCAGACUGGGCGGACUAUGUGCGCCUGGAGAUCCGCAAGCUCAACUAUGCGCCGCCGCAGUCCACCGUCACGCACCGCCCGCACCAGGAGGCGACCAAGAAGUUUGCCCUCAGUGCUGGCGAGGUCAAGGUUGUUGCCGAGCUUGACAACGAGGUGUAUGAUCACGGCAAGCCCAUCACGGUGUCGCUGUUCGUCGACAACAAGUCGAAGCGCUCUGUCAAGUCGAUUGAGAUUCGCGUGCGGCAGUUUGCCACCGUGCGCACCCCAAAGGGUGACGCCAUUUCGCACAAGGCCAUCAUCUCCGAGCUCGCGUCCAGUGAGGGCUGUCCUGUUGGCUCAGGUGGAAAGUUGGACCGCAAGUACAUCAUCGUGCCGAGCAAGGCCUCCGUUGGCUCGAAGCAGAAUGUUGCACUGGAUGGAAAGGGGCGCGACAAUGCCGACACGUGCCUUGCAUCAUCAAACAAGGUGGCUGAGGGCGGGGCUGAACCACAGGUUGGCAUCCUCAUUUCAUACGACGUCAAGAUCAAAGUCUUCUUCUCAGGCAUCAACGCGAUGGCUUCCGUCAAGUUGCCUUUCCUUCUCUCCACCCCGGCACCCGACCUCACCAAGCUCAGUGUCAACCUCGACCAGCAGGGCAAGCCGGGCGAGCAUGAGGCCUCACCGCCACCGCUGCCCCCGAUGACCCCCGAAGAGCUCGACAACGGUGAUGGGUUGGAGCUCGUCUUUGAAGAGUUUCUGCAGCUGCGCGCGCAGAAGUUCUUUGGCGACGGCGCACCCGCACCGGCCUAA